AAAAAAAAAGGGAUUUUCCCCUUAAAUAUAUUUUGCUGUAGCCUAAUAGUGAGUAGAAAAAAAUUAGAAAAAGAAUUUCCAUUGUUUCGGCAACACGAAAGCUCGCGAAAGAACACAGAGAUGGAUCCACAGCUAACCGAAGUGUCUCAGCUAUUCGAGCGAUUCAAAGCUGCAUCUAUCAGAAAAGAUUACGAUUCUUGCGACAAUCUCCUUUCUCAACUCAAGGUGUUGCUGACAAAGUUCAGGAGCCUUCCUCCGUUAUUUGAAAAUACACCUGAUGCGGUUAAUGAAUUGCUGUUAGCAAGGGAAAUUUAUGAGCAUGCUGUUGUCCUCAGUGUGAUGGUUGAGGAUCAAGAUGCCUUUGAGAGGGAUUUCUUCCAGUUGAAGCCCUAUUAUACAGAUGCUGGUAACCGUCUUCCACCAUCUCCUCAAGAGUACCCGAUUUUAGGCCUUAAUCUCUUGAGACUUCUUGUCCAGAACAGAAUUGCUGAGUUUCACACCGAACUGGAACUGCUUUCAGCCACUGCUCUGGAGAAUCCUUGCAUCAAGCAUGCUGUGGAGCUGGAGCAAUCAUUUAUGGAAGGGGCUUACAAUCGUGUGUUGAGUGCUAGACAGACUGCUCCCCAUGAAACUUAUGUUUAUUUCAUGGAUCUCUUGGCAAAAACAGUGAGAGAUGAAAUAGCUGGAUGCAGUGAGAAGGCAUACGACUAUCUUUCAAUUAAUGAUGCCCGACAGAUGUUGCUUUUCUCAUCUGAUCAAGAGCUUUUGGAAUACAUCAAAGAGGAGCAUCCUGAGUGGGAGGUGAAGAAGGGAUUUGUCUUUUUCCAGAAGGCAAAAGAAUCUGCGCCGAGUAAGGAGAUUCCAUCACUUCAAUUGAUCAAUCAAACUCUUAGUUAUGCAAGGGAGUUGGAGCGGAUUGUCUAGGGAAGUUGUUGUCAAUGAUUGCAUUUGCUUCUUCUUAUGACACCUUGACAUCGAUUCUGUUGUUGUGGAUUUUACUUUCUACAUUCAGUAUGAAACUUGAAAGGUGGUUUUGAUUUCAUAUUUCAAAUUAUAUA